CAAACCUUAAAUAAGAAUUACUUUUGCCAUAUUUUGACUUGUAUCCGGGUUUCCCAGUUAUUUUGGAGGAGCGGAGCAGGACAGUGCAUUCGAUGGCAUCUGCAACAGAUUCAAGAUAUGGACAGAAGGAUGCAUCAGAUCAGAAUUUUGAUUAUAUGUUCAAGCUUCUCAUUAUUGGAAACAGCAGCGUGGGAAAGACAUCAUUCCUCUUCAGAUAUGCAGAUGACACAUUCACAUCAGCCUUUGUUAGCACCGUUGGUAUUGACUUCAAAGUGAAGACCGUUUACAGAAAUGAUAAAAGGGUCAAGUUGCAGAUUUGGGAUACAGCUGGUCAAGAGCGAUACAGAACCAUUACUACUGCCUACUACAGAGGAGCCAUGGGCUUCAUACUUAUGUAUGACAUUGCCAAUGAAGAAUCCUUUAAUGCAGUGCAAGACUGGGCAACCCAAAUCAAAACCUACUCAUGGGAUAAUGCACAAGUCAUCCUCGCUGGAAAUAAGUGUGACAUGCAAGAUGAACGUGUAAUUCCUGCUGAAAAGGGAAAGCAUCUGGCUGAGCAGCUGGGAUUUGAGUUUUUUGAGGUCAGUGCCAAAGAAAACAUCAAUGUCAAGCAGGUCUUUGAACGUCUAGUAGAUAUCAUAUGUGAGAAAAUGUCAGAAAGUCUGGAGUCUGAUCCAUCAAUGGGCAGUGGCAGCAAGCACACACGGCUGACAGACAACCCACCAUCAAUGCAGCAGAAUUGCGCCUGCUAGUGACCUCUCAUCUUGGUGAUCUCUGACCUCUCCUUGUUAUUUUUUUCUUUCUGUUUCUCUGUAUAGUUGCAUGUGCUAUGAAGGC